AGGCCAAACGGUUCGAUCCGUAACGCGUUUGGCCGAGUUGCGGGUGGUUGGUCGGCGAGUUACGCCGGGUCGCCCUUCUCGAUCUCAUCUUUCCCGUUUAAAGAAAUUAUUGAUUCGCGAGAAGCAAAGCCGUCGCCGCACCGAUUUUAGGGUUGAAGAAGAGCAAGGAUCCCGUCGAUGGACGACUCCGACGACGCCGCCGGGUACCCUCCCGAUUCGCGCCCCCUCAAUCCUCGCCUCCACCUUUCCUCCUCCUCCAAUCGCCUGAAACCCCCCUUCGGCGAUUCCACGCCUGCUCCUCAGUUCGGCCGUCGCUACGCCGAGCCGGACGAUAAUGACGACGAAGAGGAGCAGCAGCAACAGAACUACCCGGAUCGGCCCUCGGACGACGAAGAUGACGACGCAGGCGGUGGUUACCGGCGCGCCAGGGAUUCCAGCGGCGAGGACGAUGAUUCUUCGUCCGACAGCCGCGGGAAGCGGAGGAGGAUCGAUAAGCUCGCGUUAGGGUUUGAAUUUGCCCCCAGAGUGCCCCCACCGUCCGCCGCGCCCCCCGCAAAGCCUCCCACACGGACUUUGCCCCCUGAGUGGUCGGAAGAUUCGACCUUUGUGCUCUUAGAUGCCUGGGGCGAUCGAUACGUUCAGAAUGGACGGAAGAGUCUCCGAGCGGAUCAGUGGAGUGAGGUGGGUAAAAAGGUUUUGCAGGCUUCCAAGGUUCAUCGGACGGACGCACAGUGCCGGAACCGGAUUGAUACCCUAAAGAAGAAGUACAAAAAAGAGAAGACAAUCUUGACUGCGCGUGGUAAAUCUGGAAGCAAGUGGGUUUAUUUCAAGAAUAUGGACGCCUUGAUGUCACCCUCAUCGCCAAUACCAACGACAGGAAAGCAACCGCUUCAGCUGCCUCCUCCUCCACCGCCGCCACCACCAAAGCUCCCUUAUGGUGUUGAUGCAGGAGAAUAUGUGUUUGCUAGCUCUAGUGCCUAUCGAGAUCGUUGUAAUGGUAACGGUAAGAUGAGGGACAGUCCAGAUGACAGUGGAAGUGAGGAUUACUCUGAUGGGUUCCCGCCAAAGGUAAGGGACAAUAUCUCAUGGAGCUCAGAUUCUUCCUUUAGGAUGCUUGCUGAUUCAAUUAAGAAAUUUGGGGAGAUUUAUGAGAAGAUGGAAAAUUACAAGAGGCAGCAGAUGACAGAGCUCGAAAGGAUGAGGAAGGAGUUCCAAAGGGAUUUGGAGUUGCAAAAAAGACAGAUUUUGGAGAGAGCACAAGCAGAAAUUGCUAAAUUGAACGAGGAACCAGGUGAAGAAGAUGAUGGUGAAGACAGAGAGGACGGCGACGAUGAUGAUGAUGGUUCUCCUGAGAAUUUGAGCGGGUAGUGUGGCGUCACUUCUGUUGAGUUUAUUUCUGCUUCCCUCUUCAUUACUGCCUUUGUAUGAUAGAUCAAGUGAUUGCUUAGCAUCGAUUGGCUAUUUGGGUUGGCUCCAGUAAAGAUUUACAGCUGGAUCUGCAUCGAAGUUGUUGUCAAAUGUAUUCUAUUCGGAAAUACUUUAAUCAAGUACCAAGAAUGGAGAAUCUCUGAGCCGUUCCUGGAUAGUAAGCUUUGUAUUCUAUUGUGUUGGUUAGCUAACUUAAGACAAUCUAGAGUUUAUGGCAAGAUGUCUGUGAACUUCUACAUUUACAUUAUUAUUUAUUUAAAUAACUUUAUCA